UGAUUGAACAUAUAAACAAUUGGUUAGUUUUCUUCAUUGUAAAAAUAUGUUUCAUUGUCACCGGGAGUGUGUAUAAAAAAGAUUUCUUUUCUAAAUAUUUUGACGAAUAAAACUCCAAAGUUGAGGGACAAAUAGGCGAAUCUUUAGUUGACAUUAGUAUGUUACUCAGGACUUGAUUGCUUUCUUGAAGACAGUUGAGCAUUUACGUUGCAUCUAUUUGCCGCACAGAUUUUAUUAGGGCACUUGGUUUGGUUAAUGUUAACGCCAAUUGGUUAAUGUUAGUUGGUUGCUGUAAAAUGUAUUGAAGUUGAAAGGUUUUGAGAGAAGUUCGCUUUUUUAUCGCUUGCCAACCAAACGAGAUAAGUCAAGAAGAAGAAAAAACAAUAUUUAAAAAGUAAUCAACGAUCUACAGAAUACUCUACCGUUGUUUAAAUGGAGGGAUUAAGCUUUCAACUAAAGAACAAAACUUUUAAUAGUUUUCUACCCAACGAUGGAGUGCGUGAUUGGGAUGUUGACAUUUACGGAAUGCAAAAGAAACUGAACGAUUCAUAUGGCUACGGGACAUACACUCAAGUGAAAUCACCAAGAUUGGUAGAUAAAAAUAGAAAUGAUGACAUUCAACCGUUUUCUGGUAGCUGUGAUGUCUCCAGUCACGAAGCAUUGAAAUCUAAUCGUGGAAAAGAAAAUAAUUUGUGUAACGAGGAAGAAAAUUUUGCAAACAAACGAGAAAGAAAAACCAGUGUUACUAUAAACGGUAAUCUUGUAAACUUUCCUGUGCAAACAUCUCUUUACGACGAUCUUUCAUCUCAUGCCAAGAUUGUGGAUAUAGACAUCGGAGAAAGUAAACAAACGGAGGAGUGCGCGAGAAAAACGCGGGAAAGUAUCAUUACAUUUGAUGAUCUCGUAGAACGCAUGAACACCUUUGAGGUCGAGUUGGCAAGUAUAGGAAAUAUUUGUGAAAACGAAAACAGCAAAAGUGGUUACAACAAUCAACAGGUCAUUGACAAAGAAAACAUUACACUGGAGAAUGAGUUGAUUACCAGUGCAGUUGUGUCAGAAAAUAAAAAAAGCCACGAAACAACAUUCACUCCACAUCUUGACGCUGUGCAAAAUCAUUCUGUUAACACUAGUUCGGACGAUCAACAAGAAAAGAUAAGUUUAGGGGAGAAAUACAUAAGACGGCGAUCAUUAAGCGAGGGAAACAAAUUUGUCGCUAGUGGAAGCUAUUUUGUUUGUUUGCAAAGAAGAAAACCUUAUGUUAGCUUUAGUCGAAGUGUUGACGACAUUUUGAGCAAUAACCUUUAUAGCAGGGAAAACGACGAGAACGAAGAAAAAGAAAGUGAAGAGAGUGAUUUAAGCUCUCAAGAAGAAGAAGAAGGAGAAGAAGAAGAAUAUAGUCAGGAAGAAGAGAAGAUUUUAAUCAAUAAAGCGAAGCGACAACGUCGAUCGUUUAUUGGAAAGAGUAUUAGCGUAGAUCUGUUACCCGAUCAGGAUAGUUAUUUAUCUGGUAAAAACAGAAGAAAUGGCAUAAAUUUGGAUUCGAAUAGCGAAGACGACGAUUUUUUAACAGAUCUGUUAGAAUUUAAGAAAAACUACAAACGUCAAAAAAAAUCUCCCGGGUUAAGAUUUGCAAGAUCUGUGGAAAACUUGUUGAAAAUCGAUAAACCUUCCAAUCCUAUACGAAACCGCUCAAAUACGGAUACGAAAGAGACCAAAGGUCUUGGUAAAAAACGAGUCACAUUUUUAAAAAGAAAAUUAUUUCACAAAACAGGAAAAAGCAUGGACGACUUGCGCGAAACAUCGCUCUUAGAUGAUGACGAUGAUUAUUACUACAACAGUCACAAACAACCAAGCAUUUCCCUGAUAGAAGAUUCUGUGCAAAAAGUAGCCGGGAUAAUCGAGAUGUAUGUGGAUAAGCAAGGCGAUGUAAUAAGGAAAAUUGAAAUCCGAAAGGUUCCUGGACAAAGUCUCGGAUUCUUCAUACGUUUUGGGGAUGGGAUUGAGCGAAAAGAUGGUAUUUUUAUUUCUCGUGUUACACUGGGAAGUUUUGUGGAUGUAAACAAUUUGCUGCACGCAGGCGAUGAGAUCAUUUAUAUAAAUAAAGUAGAUGUCACUGGUCACACUCUCGAAGAAGUAGCAUCUAUGAUGCAGAAGUCAGAUUCCUUAGUCAUCAAGACGAGAUCUGCCUUACCAUUACCAUUGAACGCACAGCCUCUUCUAAAAACAUACGACAUUUAUAACGACUACGUCGACGAAAACGAAACGAGAGAUUCCGAACUUCUCCGAACUAAAAGCGACCCUGCUGAUAUACAAUAUCGUGUUGAUUCGAUAAAACGAGACCGUUCACGGACUACUACGAAUCCGAAUGAUGCAAUAAUGAGACCAACUUUGACAAGGGCUAAACACAUGAGUCAAAAUGACAUGUUGUCAAAUCGCAACCUUAGGGCUGUUUUAAAAAGCCCGACAUUUCAACGUAAGUUGCCGUCCAUACCAUCUGGUAAGAUAGCAGAUAUGACGGACGACAGUUUCAACGUGAAAAGUUUAUCUCGUGCUCAAAAGUAUCUACAAAAACCAGCUAGCCCUGAGCAAGAUUUAAAUAACAAUCUCUCAAAGUCCCCUAGGUCGGGCUUUAUCAAAUCUCCGAAGUUUUUCAGGAAAGCCGACAACAAAAAGAAUGAAAAUACCGGCAGUUUGCUGUCGAUUCCGUCAAACGAUAGCUUAUCGUCGACGUCGGACAGCGAAGAGUCUAAAUCACCAACUUCAAUUUUAAAAACUCAAGUAUACACAAGCGAUAGCACGUCAAGAAACGCCAAAUUCACAAAAGGAUUCAGUGGGAAGUUAUCAGUACAUGUUAUGAAAAUGUUUGGACGAUUAUCAGCCCUCGACGGAGAAUGUUAUUGCACUAUCGAAGUCGAUGACGAGUAUAAAGCGACGACACAACCUAAGAAACUUAAAGAUGUUAUUGAAUUUGACGAGAAUUUCGAUAUAGAUAUACGCAGCUCUUGUGUUUUAAUGUUUUACAUAUUUCAUAAACUUCCAAGAAAACAACAUAAGUUAUUAAGUCAAUCGUGCAUCCAUCUUGAAAAAUUAUUGGACGGACAAAAGAAAACGCAACUACUGUUAUCAACGACCAAUCAUGUGCAACUUCGUUUAUGCAUCGAAUUCACAGAAGCCAGAAGCUAUUUACAGCGUUCUCCGUCUUCACGCAGUAGUGGUGUCUUUGGGUUCAACCUAUCACGAACUUUAGUGCAAGAAGAAAACACGGUGCCAAUAAUUGUGCGAAAAUGCGUGGAGGAGAUUGAGAAAAGGGGUCUGGAUUUAGUAGGGAUAUAUCGAAUUAGUGGAAAUGCUCGUAAGAAGAAGAUAUUGCGUUCACAGUUCGAAGAAAACAGCUUGAACACUGAUGUAAGUGAUGAUGAUAUAGAUUGUCACGUGAUCGCUGGAAUUUUGAAAGAUUAUUUGAGAGAACUACCAAACCCUCUGAUUUCACAAGAAACGUAUUUAAACAUAUACAACAAAUCGCUAGAGGUUCAAAACAAUACGGAGGCAAAAUCACGUGAUACGGUAUUGGCCGAACUUAUGAAGAAGUUACCGCAUACGAACCGAGCGACUCUGAUAUAUAUCAUGGAGCAUCUACAGAGGGUGGCGCAGAAGAGUGAUGAAAAUAAGAUGGAUUUCAAAAAUCUAGCUGUGUGCUUCGGUCCUACCAUGAUGUGUCCACCAAUCACAAAAGCCUCGUCUUCGGCCGACAUGUUCGAUUUUAAAAAGCAAAUUCAGGCGCUUGAGUUUCUGCUGUCCAUUUGGCCAAAGAAUACAGAACAAAAUAGAGUAUGAACUUAAAAUAUUUCCAACGUUAUGCUAAUUUUUUUGGGGCACAUUUGAACAAAAAAUUAGAAAAGAGUAUCUAGUCCUUUGUUCAGGGAGUUUAAGUGGAAAAAAUUUUUUGUAAUUGCGUUUCAUUUUUAAAACUAGCUUCUCGUAGUCGUGUAACUAGCAACGAAAAAAAGUUGUAAAAAGUAAAAAAACAACGAAUAAUUCAAUAUGCUGUUGUUCAAAAUUUGUAAAAGAUAUUUUAUUGAUAAUGACUUCUUACAAGUCAACGUUUUUAUAUAUCUGUGUAGUAAAAAAUUAUUUAUUUGAAAAAACUCGUUACAUAUUUAUCUUUUUCAAGGUA